AUGUCUAGACCCCACGGGCCACAGUCGAACAUUUCUAAAGCACUGCAAGCCGAGGGGGCCAUAGCCACCGCGACCUCCCAGAAAGCGGCUCUGGAUGCCGCCAUCGAUGCGACCGAACACUAUAUGAGAGCCUUGCGCCUGGCACCUGCAGAUGACAAGAAAGAACUCGAUUCCAAGUGCAAGGAACUCUUGACCCGAGCCGAGAAGAUCAAGGCUGCUGCCGACUGGCAAUCGGUUGCUCGGCAAACAGUUCCCAGCUUGCGGCCCCCCACAUCCAAGCGGAAGCUCACCACCCGUGAGGAGAUCAUCAUCCUCGAGGGAGCCAAAUUAAACGGCUUCAUUUUUCCCCCGUGGGAUCGCGCACCGCUUCCAUCGGAGUUCGUCACCGGCGACGGCGAUCCUUUCACGGAUGCGCCAGAUCUGCGCAUAUCUGAAUGCCAGCGUGAUAUCUUUGCGGGAUGGAGACGCCCCUCUGACUUGCUGCGGGCAAGAAAAUUGGACCAGGCCCCAGAUGUUGAGGCAUUUGUCUCGGUGACCGGGUCAACCGAUCUUGUGCAAGAUGUGUUGACCGACUGCUCGGUAGUUGCUAGCCUUUGUGCGACGACCUCAAGAUCAGAACGUGGUCUGGGAAAGCACGCCUCGCCGGUAAUGUACCCUUGUGAGGGUAGUACCGAAGAACCGACUCUAUCGCCCUCAGGGAAAUACAUUUUCUCUUUCUAUUUCAACGGAUGCUUUCGGAAAGUGGUUAUAGACGACCGGCUGCCGUCUUCCAGGACAACCCGUUCACUUCAUGUGAUUGACCGGAAUAAUCCCAACUUUCUAUGGCCUGCUCUAGUCGAGAAGGCCUACCUGAAAGUUCGCGGCGGCUAUGACUUCCCGGGAAGCAACUCGGGGACUGACCUAUGGGUGCUCACUGGCUGGAUUCCCGAGCAAGUGUUCCUACAUAAUGAGGAUGCCACAUCCGACGAGAUUUGGGGGCGGAUAUUCAGAGCCUUCUCAUAUGGCGAUGUGGUUCUAACGAUUGGAACCGGCAAGUUAACCGAGCUCGAACAACAAGGUCUGGGCUUGGUGAGUGAGCACGACUACGCGAUUCUGGAUCUGAAGGAGGUCGACGGACGUCGCCAAUGCCUCCUAAAGAAUCCCUGGGCUGGCGCAGAGCCCAAAAUCAUGCAGAACCGCGUCAGUGGGCAUAAGGCCGACGCACCGUCUCUUUCGCCAGGGACUUUUUGGAUGGAUUGUGAACAGGUCUUGCAGAACUUCCAACAUCUCUAUCUCAAUUGGAACCCCGGGCUGUUUAAGUAUCGAGAGGAUGUUCAUUUCACAUGGGAUUUGUCUCACGGGCGCGUUCUUGCUGGGUGCUUUGUCAAGAACCCGCAGUUCUCUGUUUACAGUGAGUCGGGAGGUACGGUCUGGCUGUUGCUGGGUAAGCACUUUAAGACGGAUCACCAUUAUUACUUGAAGAAUCAUGGCCCAGAAGGCGGAGAGCUCGGAUUCAUCAGCAUCUACAUAUUCCAAGCGGACGGCAAACGAGUCUCCUUGAGUGAUGGCGCCCUCCAUCGUGGACCUCAAAACUUCACCCUCUCCGCCUUCUCGACUUCUCCUGUCUCACUUGCCCCUUCGCUCGACAAGUACUUGUGUUUGAACAAAGCAAGUGGCUCCUGGACAGCCUUGACCGCCGGCGGCAACGCCGAGUCAGCCCGCUAUUCCUCCAAUCCACAAUUCAGCCUUCAGGUUUCUGAAACAACCGACGUUGCUAUUUUACUUGAAUCCACAGAAGCCGAGCUUGCAACCCAUGUGAAGCUCUUCUGGUCUACCGGUCAACGAAUCGCCAGAGUUCGAAGCAGAGAUAUCAUCGCAGACAGCGGCGAUUAUCGUCGUGGAUGUGCUCUGGCAGAGACACGAUCUCUCGACAGGGGGACGUACACUAUUGUCUGCUCCACAUUUGCACCGGAUCAACUUGGGCGUUUCACGCUCUGGAUCUCAUCCAAGAUCCCGUGCGUGGUGCAGCCAUUAGCUUCCGAGUCGGCAGGCCGUCGAGUCACACUGUCUGGAGUGGGUAUUCUGCCACCCGGAAAAGACCGAAUGUUGGCGCCUUUACAAAUAUCUCGCCUGACCCGCAUAAAGCUCAUUGCCCGGAACAAAUCCUCUAUGAUCGGCUCUCGAUCAGUAGCUUCGUCGCCCGUGUUGAUGACUGUGGAGUUGGGACAGGGACCGUAUAAGAAGACUCUCGCCGUCUCGGAAGACGGAUCUCAUUGUGAUUCUCCAUCGGGAGUUCGAGUGGAUGAUUUCGACUUGUCACCGAGUCUGGACUCGCGGGGCCAAAUUUGGAUUGUUAUUGAGCGCAUCGGAGGUCCUGGAGGACAAGUAGAAGACCAUUUCGAGGUCGAGGCCCUGGCAGAGGAGCGGGUGGAGAUUGGGGAAUGGAUUAUUGAAGACGUAUAA